CUGUGCUGGUGUCUUAGAGCAAGAGCCUCUCUGAGCUUUCGGAGUGGAAGAACAGUGGAAGAGACUGCAGCUUAAAGACUUUUAUAAUUAACUUGGCAUCACUUUUAUCAGCUCAAAGGCUGAACCAAAAAGCAGUGUCAUUUAUUCUAAGAAAUAACUUCUUAAAGGUUAAAGCUGAAAAAUAUUCAAGUUAUUUUUGGAUAACAACUUACAGAGGCCAAAUGACAUAGGAUGAAGGCUGUUCGUAACCUGCUGAUUUAUAUAUUUUCCACCUAUCUCCUGGUUAUGUUUGGAUUUAAUGCUGCCCAAGACUUUUGGUGUUCAACUUUGGUGAAGGGAGUCAUUUAUGGAUCGUACUCUGUAAGUGAAAUGUUUCCCAAAAACUUUACAAACUGCACUUGGACGCUGGAAAAUCCAGAUCCAACCAAAUAUAGCAUUUACCUGAAAUUUUCCAAAAAGGACCUUAGCUGCUCUAACUUUUCCCUCCUGGCUUACCAGUUUGAUCAUUUUUCCCAUGAAAAAAUAAAGGAUCUUUUAAGAAAGAAUCAUUCUAUAAUGCAACUCUGCAAUUCCAAGAAUGCUUUUGUUUUUCUACAAUAUGAUAAAAAUUUUAUUCAAAUACGUCGGGUAUUUCCAUCUGAUUUCCCAGGAUUACAGAAAAAAGGGGAAGAAGAUCAGAAAUCUUUUUUUGAGUUUUUGGUAUUGAACAAAGUGAGCCCAAGCCAGUUUGGUUGCCAUGUAUUAUGCACUUGGUUGGAGAGCUGCUUAAAAUCAGAAAAUGGGAGAACAGAAUCAUGUGGGAUCAUGUAUACAAAAUGCACCUGCCCUCAGCAUUUGGGAGAGUGGGGGAUCGAUGACCAGUCCCUGGUUUUGUUAAAUAACGUCGUGUUGCCCUUGAAUGAGCAGACAGAGGGCUGCCUGACCCAGGAGCUGCAAACCACUCAAGUCUGCAAUCUUACCAGGGAGGCCAAACGACCACCCAAAGAAGAAUUUGGAAUGAUGGGAGAUCAUACAAUUAAAAGUCAGCGACCUCGAUCUGUUCAUGAAAAAAGGGUCCCUCAGGAACAAGCUGAUGCUGCUAAAUUUAUGGCACAAACUGGUGAAUCUGGUGUGGAAGAGUGGUCCCAGUGGAGCACAUGCUCAGUUACUUGUGGUCAAGGGUCGCAGGUGCGAACCAGAACUUGUGUAUCACCUUACGGGACACACUGCAGCGGCCCAUUAAGAGAAUCAAGGGUUUGCAAUAACACUGCCCUCUGUCCAGUACAUGGAGUUUGGGAGGAAUGGUCACCAUGGAGUUUAUGCUCAUUUACAUGUGGUCGAGGCCAAAGAACAAGAACAAGAUCAUGCACACCUCCUCAGUAUGGAGGGAGGCCCUGUGAAGGACCAGAAACACAUCAUAAGCCUUGUAAUAUCGCCCUCUGUCCAGUUGAUGGACAGUGGCAGGAGUGGAGUUCAUGGAGCCAGUGCUCAGUGACAUGCUCAAAUGGGACCCAGCAGAGAAGCCGACAGUGCACUGCAGCUGCUCAUGGGGGCUCUGAAUGCAGAGGACCAUGGGCAGAAAGCAGAGAGUGCUAUAACCCUGAGUGUACAGCCAACGGUCAGUGGAAUCAGUGGGGCCAUUGGAGUGGAUGUUCUAAAUCCUGUGAUGGAGGUUGGGAAAGAAGAAUAAGGACUUGUCAGGGUGCAGCAAUCACAGGACAGCAAUGUGAAGGAACAGGCGAAGAAGUGAGACGAUGCAGUGAACAGCGAUGCCCUGCACCUUAUGAAAUAUGCCCAGAGGAUUAUCUGAUGUCGAUGGUGUGGAAAAGGACUCCAGCAGGCGAUUUGGCAUUCAAUCAAUGCCCACUGAAUGCCACAGGCACCACUAGCAGACGCUGCUCUCUCAGUCUUCAUGGAGUGGCCUUCUGGGAACAGCCGAGCUUUGCAAGAUGCAUAUCAAAUGAGUACAGACACUUGCAGCAUUCAAUUAAAGAGCAUCUGGCUAAGGGGCAGCGAACUCUGGCAGGUGAUGGAAUGUCCCAGGUAACGAAGACACUGUUGGAUUUAACUCAGAGGAAAAAUUUUUAUGCAGGAGAUCUUCUGAUGUCUGUGGAAAUCCUCAGAAAUGUUACAGACACAUUUAAAAGGGCAAGUUACAUCCCUGCAUCUGAUGGUGUCCAGAACUUCUUUCAAAUAGUUAGCAACCUUCUAGAUGAAGAAAACAAGGAAAAAUGGGAAGAUGCACAGCAGAUUUAUCCAGGCUCAAUAGAAUUAAUGCAGGUGAUUGAAGAUUUUAUACACAUUGUUGGAAUGGGGAUGAUGGACUUUCAGAAUUCAUACUUAAUGACUGGAAAUGUAGUGGCUAGCAUUCAGAAACUUCCGGCAGCUUCUGUUCUAACAGACAUCAACUUCCCAAUGAAAGGACGGAAAGGAAUGGUUGACUGGGCAAGAAAUUCAGAAGAUAGGGUAGUUAUUCCAAAAAGUAUUUUCACUCCUGUGUCUUCAAAAGAAUUAGAUGAAUCAUCCGUAUUUGUUCUUGGAGCAGUCCUCUACAAAAAUUUAGAUCUCAUUUUGCCCACUUUGAGAAAUUAUACUGUUGUUAAUUCCAAAAUCAUCGUGGUCACAAUAAGGCCUGAACCCAAAACAACUGACUCGUUUCUGGAGAUAGAGCUAGCUCAUUUGGCUAAUGGUACUUUGAAUCCCUAUUGUGUGUUAUGGGAUGACUCAAAAACGAACGAGUCUUUGGGAACGUGGUCCACCCAGGGAUGUAAAACUGUGCUUACCGAUGCAUCCCAUACGAAAUGCUUAUGUGAUCGUCUCUCUACCUUCGCCAUUUUGGCUCAGCAACCUAGAGAAAUAAUCAUGGAAUCCUCUGGUACACCUUCGGUUACUUUAAUAGUAGGCAGUGGCCUUUCUUGCCUGGCCUUGAUCACCCUAGCAGUUGUCUAUGCAGCGUUAUGGAGGUACAUACGCUCUGAGAGGUCCAUAAUUUUAAUUAACUUCUGCCUGUCUAUCAUCUCAUCCAACAUCCUCAUACUGGUUGGACAAACUCAAACACAUAAUAAGAGCAUCUGUACAACUACCACAGCAUUUUUGCACUUUUUCUUCCUGGCUUCCUUCUGUUGGGUUCUGACUGAGGCGUGGCAGUCAUAUAUGGCUGUAACUGGAAAAAUUAGGACACGGCUUAUAAGGAAACGCUUUUUGUGCCUUGGAUGGGGUUUGCCAGCAUUAGUAGUGGCCACAUCAGUGGGCUUCACCAGGACGAAAGGAUAUGGCACAGAUCACUACUGCUGGCUUUCUCUUGAAGGAGGGCUGCUGUAUGCUUUUGUUGGACCUGCAGCCGCUGUUGUCCUGGUCAACAUGGUGAUUGGCAUUUUGGUAUUUAAUAAACUUGUUUCCAGAGAUGGGAUCCUAGAUAAAAAGCUCAAACACAGAGCCGGUCAGAUGAGUGAGCCUCAUAGCGGUUUGACGCUCAAAUGUGCCAAGUGUGGAGUAGUUUCAACAACAGCUUUGUCAGCCACCACCGCCAGUAACGCCAUGGCCUCUCUUUGGAGCUCUUGUGUGGUGUUGCCCCUUCUGGCUCUGACAUGGAUGUCUGCAGUUCUGGCCAUGACAGAUAAACGCUCCAUAUUGUUUCAAAUACUUUUUGCUGUGUUUGAUUCAUUGCAAGGCUUUGUUAUAGUCAUGGUCCACUGCAUUCUUCGGAGAGAGGUUCAGGAUGCAUUUAGAUGCCGAUUGAGAAACUGCCAGGAUCCAAUCAAUGCUGAUUCUUCAAGUUCUUUUCCUAAUGGGCAUGCUCAAAUCAUGACAGACUUUGAAAAGGAUGUAGACAUUGCUUGUAGAUCAGUUCUUCAUAAGGAUAUUGGCCCUUGCCGAGCAGCAACAAUAACAGGAACACUCUCCAGGAUUUCUCUAAAUGACGAUGAGGAAGAAAAGGGAACAAACCCUGAAGGGCUGAGCUAUUCAACAUUGCCAGGAAAUGUAAUUUCCAAAGUCAUCAUCCAGCAACCCACAGGCCUGCAUAUGCCCAUGAGUAUGAAUGAGCUGGGUAAUCAAUGUUUGAAAAAAGAGAACAGUGAAUUGCGGAGAACUGUGUACUUAUGUACAGAUGACAAUUUAAGAGGGGCCGAUAUGGACAUCGUCCAUCCUCAAGAAAGAAUGAUGGAAAGUGACUAUAUUGUGAUGCCCAGAAGUUCUGUAAAUACCCAGCCAUCAAUGAAAGAGGAAAGCAAAAUGAAUAUUGGCAUGGAAACCUUGCCGCAUGAAAGGUUAUUGCACUACAAAGUGAAUCCUGAAUUCAAUAUGAAUCCCCCUGUAAUGGACCAGUUCAAUAUGAACUUAGAGCAACAUCUUGCACCCCAGGAACAUAUGCAGAAUUUGCCCUUUGAGCCUCGCACAGCUGUGAAGAAUUUCAUGGCCUCUGAGUUGGAUGAUAAUGCAGGACUAUCAAGAAGUGAAACUGGAUCAACGAUAUCCAUGAGUUCUCUAGAGAGAAGAAAAUCACGAUAUUCAGACCUUGACUUUGAGAAGGUCAUGCAUACAAGGAAGAGGCACAUGGAACUGUUUCAGGAGCUGAAUCAGAAAUUUCAAACUUUGGACAGAUUUCGGGAUAUACCAAAUACAAGCAGUCUGGAAAACCCAGCACCAAACAAGAAUCCAUGGGAAACUUUCAAAAACCCCAGUGAAUACCAACAUUACACCACAAUCAAUGUCUUAGACACAGAAGCCAAGGAUGCUUUGGAACUGAGGCCAGCAGAGUGGGAGAAGUGUCUGAAUUUGCCUCUGGAUGUGCAAGAAGGUGACUUUCAAACAGAAGUUUAACAAAAUCAAAAUGAACUGAGGCAAAGACACAAUAACCUAAUGCACUGACCCUUAAGACUUGGGAAGCCUGACAUUUCUAUCUGGACAAUGUGACUAUCCUGUGUCAGGACCUUCAUGUGCCAAACGUCAGUGGUGUUUUCCUAUGGUAAUUCCUCACUAGUCAGGCUAGUGGAGAGACACCAGGUGUACAGUUCUGACCAUCCUGUGUUGUAAGUACCUGUGGAAUGGAUUUGUAAGGUAAUCUUUAUAGAUAAACCUCAAGCAACGAUUCAUGUUGUAACCGCUUCAUAUGGUUUAGUUUUCAAAAAACUUCACCAUGAAGCACAAUGUAUAUAUUUAUGCAGUUUUUAAAGUUUAUAACAGUCUGUUUGGCCAUUACUACACUUUUUACUUUAUAAUAUAAAAGCAAAGUUUUUGUCAUUAAAUGAAUGUUUGUUGAGCUACAUUCUUCAUUGCUUUAAAUGCAAUAAAGUAAUAAUCUCACUUUUAUAUGAAUAAUAUAUUUCACAUCUUUAUUAUUGCAGUUUUCUCUAGAAAGCUCUGAGUAGCUUUCUCUGCUGCAGCUGUGUAUAAAAUAUUUAAAAUGUUGUAUGGUGUAAAUAAACUUUUGUCUACAU